UUCCAUAGCAGCCACUAAGCAACCACCAAACCAGCAGGUCGGUCAAGACUGAGUGCAAGUCAUCCUGACUUCAUAGUUUUGUAUCAGUUGCGGGGGCUGUACUAUUGUUUUAAAGGCAACAACCGUGAGCCAGCAGUGACAGUAGCGGCUGGUUGUGAAGCGGACACUAGUGAGUGACUUGUGUUAGCUAGAAAACCACAUGGAUCCUCAAAACACCAACAUGAGCACUGAGGCGAAGAUGUUGUUGAGCCACGCUAAGACUCUGAGGCUGCACACCGGGAAUUUAGUCAACCCAAGUCGCCUGAAGAAGAAAUGCCCGGGGUCUCCGAGCGAGGAGCUUCAAGACUGCAUUCAAGCUACACUGAGUGAUUGGUUUUCCGAAACAAAACCGCCAGCCAAGGAUUUCCCAGACACACUGGACUGCUCCACUCCCCAGGCCACAGAUGCUAUCACACCUGAGGAGCGGGAGGAGCUGAGGGUUUCAGUCAAGCUGUUCCUGUGUGAGUCGGUUCAGUCCUCCAUCAGAGAUGCAGUGGAGAUGGUCUGUCAGGCCCUGGCAGUGUCCCAGCUUGACUCUGUCAUCAUAGCGCCCCCGUGGCCCCUGGAGGGUGACAGCCAAAGUUUGGCUCACCUUCAGCCAGCCUGGGAGGAGCUGGAGGCUCUGACCAGGAGCCAGCGGAUUGCUGCCAUUGGCACCUCUGACCUGGACAAAGAUCUGCUGGAACAGCUCUACAACUGGGCUCAGGUGAAGCCCAGCAGCAACCAGGUGAACCUGGCCUCCUGCUGCGUGAUGCCUCCUGACCUGACGGCCUUCGCAAAGGAGUUUGACAUCCAGCUGCUCACACACAACGAUCCUAAAGAGCUGAUGUCGGCAGCCACAUUCCAGGAGGUGUUACAGGAGGGAACACAGAACCUGAACAUCGCUGACUGGAGGCUGGAGUGGGUCCUGCGCUACUCCAUUAUUGUUAAGAGCAGGGGCAUUAUCAAGGCUAAGGGCUACCUUGUCAGUGCGAGAAAGGCGAGCCCCUAGCACCCUCCACUGGCGAAGACACAUGGAUGAAGCCAUUUUCCUCCUUUUCCACUGAAAUACACACAAAAACAUGCAAAGAAACCGCUCUGAAUAAUGGAUGCUGCCAAUCACCAUGAGUCUUGAAUCAUUGUUUUAUCUUACAGAUAAGGUUGCAUCUCCAUCAUGUAAUAUUUCUUCCGUUCUGAUGCAGAUAUUCAUUCCCCUCGUCUCAGUGAGAUCAAAAAUAGGAGAUGAACAUGCAAGAUGAACUCCAGGGUCAGUUUUGAGAGAACAGACUGUGUCAUUGACAGAUCAGCCAGUUAUCAACACAGUCGAGGCUGCUUUAAUGAUGGAAAUUGUUGGUUGCUAAACUUUUAUCAAAGGUGAUAGUUCCUUAACCGUUCUGAUUUGAAGUGCCUCUCGUCUCUUUCUCCUCCUGUCCUCAUAGCUGCUUUGUCUCCACUGUGUUGGUGUGAAUUAAGCUUUAAAUAUAUCAGUCUGAAUGAAAAGGUAAAGCAAACUGUGGACAUUUAUUGUUUUAGAUGAUUACAAAGGGUAAAUGGAAAUAUUUCAGAAAAAAAGGCUGCUUUUAAUCAUACGAUUGGAUUUUUCCUGCUGUAUAAAACACCAUUUGCAUUCCUGGGUUGAGAAAAUUUAAGCGCUGAUUUUAAAAUCAAAUCACAUGUGAAAUGUGUAUUUUAUGAUUCUGAUUGACUUUAACCGGUAAAGCAGACAACUGUGAGUAUAUAUACAUUUAUUUUAUCAUGCAUUUUUUUCUAACCAUGCUCUGUUUUUGACGAUGCAUUGAUGUGUUUACCCACUCUGUGCUCAUGAGAUUAAUUCAUGGAUCGACAGCAAUAUUUUGAGAUUGACAUGCAUAGCAGGUUGAUGUCCUCUAUAUGCAUAGCUGCUGUUAUCGCACUGGAAACUCAGUGCCAAGAUGUUAAAAUUUGUUAACUCUGAAGAAGUUUUUAUUUAAGAACAAUGUUGGUUGUUCCAGACAGGAUUCAGUUAAUCUCAUGAAGACUAAUUAUCUGUUUUACUGUACACACAUGUAAUGUUUUCAUAUAUCUGUAUAUCAUGAAUUGGCUUAAUUAAAAUUAUGAAACAUG